GGAGAGAAUACAUUCCCCUGCUCACUCUGUGGUACAGCGUUUGCACAGAAAGGAACCCUCGAGCUACACAUGAGAAUCCACACUGGAGAGAAACCGUUCCCCUGCUCACUCUGUGGUAAAGGGUUUACUGAGAAAGGAAUCCUCAACAAACACAUGAGAAUCCACACUGGAGAGAAACCAUUCCCCUGCUCACUCUGUGGUACAGCAUUUGCACGUAAAGGGCACCUCAAGCUACACAUGAGAAUCCACACUGGAGAGAAACCAUUCGUCUGCUCACUCUGUGGUACAGUGUUUGCACGUAAAGGAACCCUCGAUAAACACAUGAGAAUCCACACUGGAGAGAAACCAUUCCCCUGCUCACUCUGUGGUACAGCAUUUGCACAGAAAGAAAGCCUCAACAAACACAUGAGAAUCCACACUGGAGAGAAACCAUUCCCCUGCUCACUCUGUGGUACAGCGUUUGCACGUAAAGGAACCCUCGAGGUACACAUGAGAAGCCACACUGGAGAGAAACCGUUCCCCUGCUCACUCUGUGGUACAGCAUUUGCACGUAAAGGGCACCUCAAGCUACACAUGAGAAUCCACACUGGAGAGAAACCAUUCGUCUGCUCACUCUGUGGUAAAGGGUUUACUGAGAAAGGAAUCCUCAACAAACACAUGCGAAUCCACACUGGAGAGAAACCAUUCGUCUGCUCACUCUGUGGUAAAGGGUUUACUGAGAAAGGAACCCUCAGCAAACACAUGAGAAACCACACUGGAGAGAAACCGUUCCCCUGCUCACUCUGUGGUACAGCGUUUGCCAGGAAAAGAACCCUCAACAGACAUAUGAGAAAACACACUGGAGAGAAACCAUUCGUCUGCUCCCUUUGUGGUACAGCGUUUGCGCAGAAAGGAACCCUCGAGGCACACAUGAGAACCCACACUGGAGCGAAACCAUUCGUCUGCUCCCUUUGUGGUACAGCGUUUGCGCAGAAAGGAAACCUCGAGGCACACAUGAGAACCCACACUGGAGAGAAACCAUUCGUCUGCUCCCUUUGUGGUACAGCGUUUGCGCAGAAAGGAACCCUCGAGGCACACAUGAGAACCCACACUGGAGAGAAACCGUUCCCCUGCUCACUCUGUGGUACAGCGUUUGCAGAGAAAGGAACCCUCAAGCGACACAUGAGAAUCCACACUGGAGAGAAACCGUUCCCCUGCUCACUCUGUGGUACAGCGUUUGCAGAGAAAGGAACCCUCAAGCGACACAUGAGAAUCCACACUGGAGAGAACCUGUAG